AUGGGCGCGCUGGGCCCCCUGGGGCUGUGCGUGCUGGCGGCCUGCUGCGCGGCGGGGUCUCCGGGGCAGCAGAGCCCCGGCCCCUCGCCUCUGCGUCCCCGGGGCUGCAACGACUCGGACGUGCUCGCAGUCGCCGGGUUUGCGCUGGACAGCAUCAACAGAGACCGAAGGGAUGGCUAUGUGCUGAGCCUCAACCGAGUGCACGACGCUCGGGAACACCACCAGGAAAACCUGGGCUCUCUGUUCUACCUUACCUUGGAUGUGUUAGAGACCGACUGCCACGUGCUCAGCAAGAAGGCGUGGAAGGACUGCAGAGUGAGGAACCUUCAUGACUCGGUUUAUGGACAAUGCAAAGCAAUGUUUCUCCUUAACAAGCCAAGAAGAGUUCUUCAUUCGCUUGCUUAUAACUGUACUCUUCGCCCAGUCUCUCGAAGAAAGAUUCACAGGAUGUGUCCUGACUGCCCAAGCCCUAGCCCCAUUGACUUGUCAGACCCCAGUGUUUUGGAAGCUGCAACCCAAUCUCUUGAAAAAUACAAUAGUGAGAGCCCCUCAAAACAGUACUCUCUUGUCAAAAUCACCAGAGCUUCUAACCAGUGGGUGGUUGGCCCUGCCUACUUUGUGGAAUAUUUAAUCACAGAGUCAACAUGUACCAAGUCCCAGGGCAGCAGCUGCUUACUCCAGCUUUCUAACUCAGUGCCUGUUGGUCUUUGCAUAGGUUCUCUGACUCGAGGACCCAUAGAAAAGUUUGUGACUGUGACUUGUGACUUCUUUGAAUCCCAGGAUCAGAAUCCAGGUGGUGAGAACUCUGCUGUUGAGACCCUCCCUGGGGUGGAAGAGGUCCCUCAGGGAAAAACAGCACCCACCAACGCCCCCUCACAAACUCCGCCCAGAGGGUCUGUCCAGUAUCUCCCUGACUUGGAUGACAAUAAGCCUGAAGAUGGCCGAGAAACAGAUCCUCAAGAGGCCUUCCCAGUAAAACUGGAUCUAACCACAGAUCCCCAGGGAGAAGCCCUGGAUGUCUCCUUCCUCUUCCUGGGUCCAGAGGAGCAGAGGCUGCUUGUGCUGCCUUUCCCAGGAGAGGGGCAGCGCUCUGCCGAGUGCCCGGGGCCUGCCCAGGAGAGCAGCCCUCUUGUCCUGCCACCCUGAGAAUCGCAGAGAGGGCUCCUCGAGGGCACAGUACCUCGCAGGACGGUGGCGUUGGGCCAGAGCUGGAAGGCCCAGAUCUGCAGA